AUGCCGCUACCCAGCUUUCUUUGUUUUUACCCCAGGUUUCUACUACAACAACAAAAACAACCGGGAAACCACAUAAUUUACGCCAUGGAGGAGCUCUCGCAACAGGAAAUCUCCCAGCGCAUCGCGUCCAUCAACUCGCACUACCAAAACUUCGGCAUCCUGGGGCUUUCCCAGGCAUACGAAGAUUUCAAAAAAGAAGUCGAGCGUGCAGAGGCUGCAGCAUACAAGGGAGAGGCCGGCAAAGUCGUUUUGCAGCGGAUCAAGGACUUGGAGAAUCUCUUCUCGACGGUCACGGGCAAUGACGUCAAGGAUCUAUCGAUGUUCAUGAAGGAUUCGGAAGCACUCCGGUCCACAUCGCACUUUGCGUCGGUCAAUGCGGAACAUAUCAAGUUCGGCGAUCUCUCGGACGCGUUGACGGUGCUGGAUUUCGUCAAAUUUGCGCGGCAGUACAUGAACCCGGACUUGGAGAUGGUGGAAACACAACCCAAGGUUCCAGAAACACAGGACGAGGUCAAUGAGACGUUUGCUGCGCACGACUGGCGCAAGCUCGGCGACGUUUUCUGGCUGUUGGGCGCGGCGCCGGUCCCGCUGACGUUUUUGAACGGCCCAUUGGCGACCCAGAGACGCCGCGUAGCACCUAGAACUAGAACUGUAGACGAUACUCUGUCGCGAGACAAGACGACGGCGCGGAACGUGUCUGCGGCGGAGCUUCAGGAUAAUCCAGAGAAUAGCACUGCCAACAUGGUGAAGCUUGUGUAUGCGGUGCUUAGCCAGACCAGUCCCGAAGAGCCGGUGAACCUAUACCGUUUUUUCAUCAAUCCGCAGCUGUUUUCGCAGUCCGUCGAGAAUCUUUUCUACACCAGCUUCCUCGUGCGAGACGCCAAGUUGCAGCUCAGUUUGGGUGCCGACGGUGUUCCCUACAUCCAGAUUGCAAGCUCCGACGAGAUUGACGAAAAUGCCCAUAUAGCCCACCAGGUGGCCACGUUCACCUAUCUGGCGUGGCAGAAUCUCAUCCAGCAGUACGAAAUCGAAGAAAGCUACAUUCCACAUCGGACCACUGCCGAAGAUAAUGCAGUGGACUCUUCAGAAGAGAGCUAA